AUGGGGGUUAAUGGAUUAUUACAAAUAUUGAGAGAAAUCCAAGAUCCUUGUUCAUUAGAACGAUAUCGAGGUCAAACAUUGGCUAUUGAUACUUAUGGUUGGUUACAUCGAGCUUUAGUUUCAUGUGCUGAAGAAUUAUGUUUAGGCAAACCAACAAGAAAUUAUAUUACGGCAAUAUUAAAUAAGAUCCAAAUGUUAAAUCAUUUUGGUAUAACUCCAUAUUUUGUAUUUGAUGGAGCUUCGUUACCUACCAAACAAGAAACUAAUCGAGAACGUCAAUUGAAACGACAAGAAGCUAAAGAAUUAGCCGAAAAAUAUAUUGCUGCUAAUAAUCGAAAAUUGGCUUAUAAACAAUUUAUGAAAGCAGCUUAUGUUACUUCACAAAUGGCAAAAUCAGUAAUGUGUGAAUUAGAUAAUCUUUCCAUCAAAUAUAUUGUGGCUCCAUAUGAAGCCGAUCCUCAAAUGGUUUAUUUAGAGAAAAUGGGGAUUGUUGAUGGGAUAUUAAGUGAAGACUCUGAUCUAUUAAUUUUUGGUUGUAAAAAAUUAAUUACAAAAUUGAAAGAUGAUGGUACUUGUGUUGAAAUUAAUCGUGAUAAAUUUGAUAAAGUUAAAGAAAUUCCUUAUUUGAAUCAAUAUAAUAUGGAACAAUUAAGAUUAGUGGCUAUGCUUUCUGGUUGUGAUUACACUAAAGGUGUUCCUGGAAUUGGUUUGAAAACUGCUUUCCAAUUAGUAAGAAAAUAUAAUAAUUUCACAAAAAUAAUGAUUGCCUUGAGAUCAAUGGGGAAAAAAAUCCCUGAUACGUUUAGUGAUGAAGUUAAACUUGCCAAUCUAGCAUUUCAAUUUCAAAAAGUUUUUGAUCCAACGAACCAAAAGUUAACUACAUUAAAUGAAUAUCCUCAAGAUGGAACCGAAGUGGAAGUCGAUCAAGGUUUACUUGAAAGUUGUUGUGGGAAAACGUUGACUGAUGAGAUUUAUCAACAAUUAUGUAAUGGGAAAAUUCAUCCAAACACUCAUGAAGUAUUAGUUUCAAGAGAACAAAGCUUAACAGUUUUGAAAAGUGAAUCAUUUUAUUCCCCUAAUAGUCAACAGCAUAACAAUAAGCAAGGAUCUAUUGCUACAAUUGCACAUAGAUCUCGAUCAGAAGGAGCAAUUUCUCAACCAGGUAAUGGUAAAUCGAUACUUGAUUUGUUAAGUAUUUCGAAAAAAGUGACCAAAACUACGUCCAGUAACUCCCAAGUAGAGAGUAACAAUAAGCAAAUGAAAACACCGGAGAGGAAAACUAUCAAACGAUCUAUACGAAUUGAAGAAACUAAAUUAUCACCUACGAGUAAAAAAAUAAGAAAAUUAACGGCCACCACAACCACCUCAAGUUCCCCCACGGUAACAUCAAGUCCAAAUGUGACUACUAGUAAGUUCUUCACUCCUAAAGCAAAACCUAUUGAGAAAAUUCAACCAGAAAACCCAACAACUGAAGAAAAUUUGAAUAAACCCGAUUGGGACUCCAGUUUAAUUGAUGAUUCUGAAAUUACUGAUUAUGGUCACGGUCAUAAUCACGAGUCAUCGGAUAAACCAGUUGAUACCCAGAACAUACUAGACGAAUUGACUGAUAAUGAUAAUGACCAUGAAGAAGAGGAACCGCAACAGGAAACUGAUUCUAAUGCAAUCAAAAUACAUCCUAUAGUUGAUGUAAAACAAUCACCACAAAGUGAUAAUGGAUUUGAUAUUUGUUCUAAUGACGAUGAAAUUGAAGAAUCUCCAAUUAAAAACCGAGUUGUAGCAGUUGGUGGUGGACAGGAACAAGUUCGUACUCGAUUACUUGCUUUAAAAGAAUCAUUUCUGUAUCAAUCUACAACCAAAUCAACUCAUCAAUUCACUAAACCCAAUAAUGAUAGGAAAAGAGUUCCUUUACAACCUAAAAAUAUAAAUCGGAUAGAACAGAAAUCACCAACCAAAUCAAUAAAGCUCAAUCGAAAAGUAGAUCACCAUCAUCAAAGGUACCAAGAUAAUAACAACGUUAAUAUCCUGAAAGUGGUAUCAACUGUUAAUUCUAGAACUACUAUAGAUAUUAGACAAUUUGCAUUUAAAAAACAACAAACCUAG